CGUCACCGCGGAGCGAUGCGCUCGGCGCGCCGCGCUCGGACUGCCGGGGCGGAGCGAGAGCGGCCGGAAGCAUCGAGCGCGAUGCGGCAGCACCUGGUGCACUUGGACCUGAAGGGCGCUCCGCCCCGCGCCGCGUACCUGGCCGAGGUGCUGCCGCUGCUCCGCGCUAUGGGCGCUACCGGGCUGCUGCUGGAGUACGAGGACGCGUUUCCCUACCCGGGGCCGCUGGAGGCGCUGAGGGCGCCGCACGCCUACAGCCGCGCGGAGCUGAGGGAGCUGCUGGGCCGCGCCGCGGCGCUGGGGCUGGAGGUGGUGCCACUGGUGCAGAGCUUCGGGCACAUGGAGUUCGCGCUGAAGCACGAAGAGUUCGCGCAUCUCCGCGAGGUGAAGAUGUUCCCCAACGCCCUCAACCCGCACAAGGAGGAGGCGCGGGCGCUGGUCCGAGCCAUGAUCGACCGCGUCAUGGAGCUGCACCGGGGCCUGAGGUGGUUCCACAUCGGCUGCGAUGAGGUCUAUUACCUUGGUGAAGGAGAGGAGUCCAAGCAGUGGCUGCAACAACAAGGGAACACACCAGAGAAGCUGUGCUUAUUCCAUAUAAAAGCAGUUGCAAGUUAUAUGGCCUCAUCUUACCCCACAGUGACUCCCAUCAUGUGGGAUGACAUGCUAAGAGGGAUCAGCGAGGAAACAUUGGCAGAAUCUGGGGUCCCACAGCUUGUGCAGCCUAUGAUAUGGGACUAUGCAGCAGACCUGGACGUGGAGAGCAAAGUGCUUCUUAUAGAGAAGUAUCGUAGAUGUGGCUUCUCCAAGGUGUGGUUUGCUAGUGCUUUUAAAGGAGCUACAGGAGUGAACCAGUCACUAACACUUAUUGGACACCAUUUAAAAAACCACCUUCAGUGGCUGAAAGUGGCAAGCAGCAUCCCCGCUGACGUGCUCCAAGGUAUCGCGCUGACUGGCUGGCAGAGGUAUGAUCACUUCUCUGUUUUGUGUGAGCUUUUCCCCGUGGCCAUUCCAUCGUUGGCUGUAUGUCUGCAGGCACUGGAGAAUGGUGGCUAUUCUGAAAAGGUUAAAGAAAAUGUGGAAAAGCUCCUGGGAAUGUCCAAUCUGGAACUGGAUACUUUCAUGAGCACGAGUACGGGGACGUUUCCUGGCAGCAAUAUCCUUAGCCUUGUGACGCAAGUUAGCUUCUACCUCAAGUCAUCAGUGGAUGAACUUCUUGAAAGGAACAGGUAUGUCACAGGCUGGUUCAGUCCCUACCACAGAAAAAGGAAGAUUAUUCAUCCUAUAAUAAUGCAUCACUUUCAGCCAGAUGCAGUAAGUCUUCUGUCUAAGUGGAAUGCUGUGGUGCAAGACCUCCAAGCAGCCAUGGAGCAAGUCUUCCACGAGUGUACUGUAGAGGAAUGGAUGGAGGAGAACGUCCACCCCAGCCUACAAAAGCUACAGCAAGUGGUGGAUGAUUUAGAUGAAGCAAUAAAAGCACAAAAUUAGGCAUGUUUUAAU